UAGUUUUGGAGGCAUAUAAUAGCCUAUGUAGAGAAAUUUGUGCUGUGAACACAUUUUUAUGAAAGUGCAUCAGAACAAAAGUGUAAUCCGCCAAUUUACAGCGACAGUGAUAAAUGGGUUGUAUGGUUCAUUAGUUUAUCACGUUUUAACAGAUUGCAAAUCCCAGUUUCCCAGUAGAACACAUGUUUAAAAACGUAGUGAAAUAAACGAUGAGUAAUGUGAAAUUGCACUUGUUGACUGUGAGCCCAAUAAACCAAACUUAUAUCUCAAAGGAAAAAAAGGAUACUCGGCAUCAUCUGAUAUGGAAAGAGUUCGUUUUCCAUUGUGCGCAGUGGUGCGUAUCCAAGGCUGGACUAACUUCUCUGUGUUGCAUUUCUGAGUUGGACAACGACAUGCACUUUGAAAUAUGACCUUUCACCGACUACACUACGUUCGAUCUGUCAGAGAGCACGAGGAAGUGUGCCAACGAAUCACGUCGUCGGAUACGACGAGAAUUCACAUCCUAGCUCAGUGCACAUCUGUCAAGUCAUACGACGAAAAUGUUUUUUUUUUUUUUUUGCCAGCUGUAGUUUCUGCAAAAAAAACCCGCAUUUUCCAUUUGCAUUUUCGGCAGCCAAUUCGUCGCUCAUGCUCAUAACUGAUGUCAAUCUCGCAGUUUAGGUUGCAGCGGCUGCACUAACCGUUCUGUGGACAGCGUUGUUGCAGACGCACUCCAACAUCUGCAAUUGAGCUUAAGUUGGUGAAGCGGGUGCACUUGGGGACCUGAAACAAAUAACAAAAAAAAAAUGAGCACGUGGAAAACGUACAGAAUGAUUGAUUCGGAAGUUCUGGAAUGGUAAAUGAGCAGACUGCAUGACCAUGCAUCGAAUUCUGCACAGAAGACGGGUUCGCACACUCCGGGUCGUCUGGUCGGUCAUGGCCGUAGUCGCGUUGUCGCUUGCCGUGUGCAGUGCAGUGUUUACGUUGUGUACAUGGCGACAAACUAGAGACCUGUCGAAGUCUAUCAAAACUCUGCGUGACCGCUUGGAUCAGGUGAAUAUGCAGCGUAAGGCUAUUGUCCAGCUUUUCCUGGAGAAGAGAGAACUGCUUACUGGACAGCGAGUGAGGAGAGAUGUGGGAGGGGGAAAAGGAAAAUCUGGAAAUACAAAGAAGGUGGCCUCUCACUUUGAAAUAACCAAAGAUUCCCUCCAAAAAGUGGGGGAUGAGGGAAUCAUUAAAGGUUGGACGGAACAGCACCUGAAUAUGACCCAAGCUGUACAUUAUAACUCAGAGACAGGCACUUUCAAAGUCAUGCGGAGGGGGGUCUACUUCCUUUACUGUCAAGUACACUUCAAUGAGAACAAGACUCAGUACGUGAAGCUGGAAGUGUCUGUGCCAAAAGGCCCCUUACUGCAGUGUACGGAGGGCUAUGGCACGACGCCAGCCGCUGGCUCGCACCAGUUCCACUUCCUGAAGCCCUGCCAAGUUUCUGGCCUGCUGCUGCUAGACAAGGGGGCCGAGCUAAAGGCUGUGACUGGGAAGAACUUCAGUUUGCAGGUCUCGGGCAAACACUACUUUGGUCUCUUUAAGGUAAACUAGACAAUCCAGAUGGCCUGUCAGACUACUAUAGGUUUUUUUUCUACAGCAGUCACAUUACUGGCUCCAAGGACCAUUACUGUUUUUUUUUGUUUUUGUUGAACCUGCAUCUGUAACUUUAAACUUCAUGCCUCGGCUAUUUUUCCACUCAGUCAUGGGGGAAGGCCUGGACUGAGAAAGGGAUAUUUCUAAAAGCACCUGUCAGUGGUUUAAAUGAGGAUUGUACAUACAUUGGUACCCAAAAUAAAGAAUCGAUCUGGAUGUUAAAGACUGUUUUUACAGUGGACCUUUUUUUGGACCUUUUUUUGGUUUGGAUGCAUAAAUUUUGGUAAAUGCAAAAAAAAAAAAAAACCCACUGUUUUAUAUAGCAUUUAAUUGUAAAAUGAAAUGGACAAUGCUCCAAGAACAUGGGACUGACCAGAAGGAUCACAGCAUGACCAUAAAAACAGUUUGUGGGAUUUUUGACCACUGAAUGCUUGGAUGGACCAAACAGUUGCCCUGAAAAAGACAUGUCUGACCUUGGAUUAGUUCAGCUUGGCAAAAAGAACGUUUGGAUUUGUAGUGAGGACUAUUCUGAUCAAAUAAUCAUGUAUGAAACAGUACUUGGCAUGUUAUACUGAGUAUUUCACAGACACUGACCAUCUUAAGUCUGGUAUUUUGCUGUAAAGGUGGGAUAUACUGUACUGUAAGUCUUUGAUUUCACAUUGUGAAAACACAGUAUAGUUUGGGUUGAAGCAGUGGGGAAUCUUCUAAGGAUGUCACAAUAUACCUUUGUUUUU